UACUAAUACUUUGAUACUAAUGUGAUCUUUUUUUUAAUUUGUAGACAAUGCGAAGACACAGAAAUGAAGUGACAGUUGAACUCCGGAAGAACAAAAGAGAUGAACACUUACUGAAAAAGAGAAAUGUUCCCCAGGAAGAAAGCUUAGAAGAUUCAGAUGUCGAUGCUGAUUUUAAAGCACAAAACGUAACACUAGAAGCUAUAUUGCAGAAUGCUACAAGUGAUAACCCUGUAGUCCAGUUGAGUGCUGUCCAGGCAGCAAGGAAACUAUUAUCCAGUGACAGAAAUCCACCAAUUGAUGACCUAAUAAAAUCUGGGAUUUUACCAAUUCUAGUCAAAUGUCUAGAAAGGGAUGAUAAUCCUUCAUUACAGUUUGAAGCUGCUUGGGCACUAACUAAUAUAGCAUCAGGAACCUCUGCACAGACUCAAGCUGUUGUACAGUCUAAUGCAGUGCCCCUUUUCCUGCGACUCCUCCAUUCCCCACAUCAGAAUGUCUGUGAACAAGCGGUGUGGGCUUUGGGAAACAUUAUAGGUGAUGGUCCUCAAUGUAGAGAUUAUGUCAUAUCACUGGGAGUUGUCAAACCUCUUCUGUCCUUCAUCAACCCCUCCAUUCCCAUCACCUUCCUUCGGAACGUCACAUGGGUCAUUGUCAAUCUCUGCAGGAAUAAGGACCCCCCACCGCCUAUGGAGACAGUUCAGGAGAUUUUGCCAGCUUUAUGUGUUCUCAUAUAUCACACGGACAUAAAUAUUCUUGUAGACACUGUUUGGGCUCUGUCGUACUUGACAGAUGGAGGAAAUGAGCAGAUCCAGAUGGUUAUUGACUCAGGGGUUGUACCAUUCCUCGUGCCCCUUCUGAGCCACCAGGAAGUGAAAGUUCAAGUAAGUAUUUUCUUUCUUUUUUCUCAUAAAAUUCUUUUUAUGACCAAUCUUUCUAUAGCCAACUUUGAGUUAAGUCCAACAGCAUGCAUCUCAGGAUGCCCUAGUUUAUCUCCUGAACCCAGAUUUGUUCAUUUGAAAUAAUUUUUCAGCUUUUCA